UCUUUCCCGCGCCGCCUCCUGUACAGUUGGUCUCUCUGCGCGCACUGAGGAGAUUUUUAUUCACGUAGAAAAUCGCCGGAGCAGACAUGCCGAGUGUGGAGGAGCUGUACCGUAACUAUGGCAUCCUGGCCGACGCCAAGGACGACGUAAGCCAGCACAAAGCUGCAUAUCAGGUUAUCCUGGAUGGUGUGAAAGGAGGUGCAAAAGAGAAGAGGUUGGCGGCUCAGUUCAUCCCCAAGUUCUUUAAACAUUUUCCAGAUCUUUCUGACUCUGCACUCAAUGCCCAGCUGGACCUGUGUGAAGAUGAGGAUGUUUCGAUUCGUCGUCAAGCCAUUAAAGAACUGUCGCAGUUUGCCACUGGAGAGAACCUCCCCCGUGUGGCAGACAUUCUUACCCAGCUUUUGCAGUCAGAUGACUCUGCUGAGUUCAAUUUGGUGAACAAUGCUUUGCUGAGCAUAUUCAAAAUGGAUGCUAAAGGCACAUUGGGAGGCUUGUUCAGCCAGAUCCUUCAAGGAGAAGAUAUAGUCCGUGAGCGAGCCAUUAAAUUCCUCUCCUCUAAGAUGAGAACCCUUCCUGAAGAUGUUCUGACCAAGGAUGUGGAGGAUUUAAUAUUAUCUGAAUCAAAGAAGGUUUUGUAUGACGUCACAGGAGAAGAAUUUGUUCUGUUCAUGAAAAUCCUUUCUUCACUGAAAAACCUACAGACAGUUAGCGGCAGACAGCAGCUGGUGGAUUUAGUGUCUGAGCAAGCAGGACUGCACCAAACUCUCAACCCAGCAGACCCCGACUCUGUGGAUCGCCUGCUCCAGUGUAUGCGCCAGGCAGUGCCCCUGUUUUCAAAAAACGUCCACUCGACAAAGUUUGUGACACAUUUCUGUGAGCACGUUCUGCCCAUCCUAAGUACUCUGACCAGUCCAGCUGAGGGCAUUGAUGUCCAGUUAGAGGUACUCAAGCUGUUGGCUGAGAUGAGCUCCUUCUGUGGUGACAUGGACAAAUUAGAAUCAAACUUGAACAAACUUUUUGAUAAGUUGUUGGAAUACAUGCCACUUCCACCCGAAGAAGUAGAAAACGGAGAGACCUCUGCAAACGAGGAGCCAAAACUGCAGUUCAGUUAUGUUGAAUGUUUACUCUUCAGUUUCCAUCAGCUUGGCAGGAAAAUGCCCGACUUCCUGAUCGACAAAGUCGAUGCAGACAAACUGAAAGAUUUCAAAAUCCGGCUGCAGUACUUUGCCAGAGGACUCCAGGGAUACAUAAGACAGCUCCGCUUGGCUCUGCAGGGAAAAACUGGGGAUUCGCUAAAAACAGAGGAGAACAAAAUCAAAGUGGUAGCCCUGAAGAUAACAAACAACAUUAAUGUUUUGAUCAAGGAUCUGUUCCAUAACCCUCCAUCCUACAAGAGCACCGUCACUCUGUCGUGGAAACCAGUCCAGAAGACCGACGUUGGGCAAAAAAGGUCAGGUGAAGACACGUCUUCUAGUUCUCCUCCCAAAAAACCUAUUCCAGGACCAAAGAGGGAUUCCAGACAGAUCUAUAACCCUCCAAGUGGGAAAUACAGCGGAAGCUUGGGAAAUUUCUCUUACGAACAGAGAGGAGGAUUCCGUGGAGGCCGGGGGCGAGGUUGGGGAGGACGUGGGAAUCGCAGUGGAGACAGUGUUUAUUGAUGUGGACCCACAAACAUAAGACCUGCAGUAAUCACUGUAGUUGGGCUGGACUGCUGACCACCUUCCAACGGCAACAGACUUUGACAUGAAGCGUUUAAGCGUUCUUUCUACCUUUGUAUGUACCUACUGUUUUUUGUAUUCAGACGUUGCUGCAGCUUCACCCACGAGUCAGACACUGCACAUCCAGGAUCAUGAACUGCUUCCUAUGUGCAGAUCUUCUACCAGAGCGCUAGCGUAUACCUUAUGGGUCGAAGACUUUCCAGUGAACGUUCCAGUUGGUGUAGACAUAGUUCAUGAAUCUCCAAGGCUGCAGAAAUCCUUUGAAGCCCAGACGGAGCAAUGGUUUUAAUUUCUGAGCCGUAGUUAACAUUUUUCGUUCAUUGCCAAAGUAUGCCUUCAUCCCAAGGAUCUCUGCAUGUCUGAGUGCAUAAGGUAUUAGACGCCUCUUUCCAUUUCAGUUUUUGGUUUGGUCCAAUAGAUAUUUUUUUUUCUUUUUUCUUUUUUUGUUAUUUAUUCUUUCACAGUAAAGCUGCGGCACUACAGCGGGUUUAAUUUUUGUCUCCUUUUUAUUUUGCUUUUAUCUCAUUUCC